AUGGUUCGACUGACGAUAGCUUGUGUUGCCUUCGGGGUUAUAGCUUGUGUUAGUGCUGCACCAGGAUAUGGGGGUAGCAAAGGAUUUGGUGGCGGCGGUGGAGGCGGCGGCGGUGGUGGUGGAGGUGGCGGCUUCGGAGGAGGCGGUGGCAUUGGAGGUGGUCACGGCGGCGGCUUCGGAGGCGGCGGUGGCAUAGGAGGAGGCCGAGGUGGCGGCUUCGGAGGCGGCGGUGGCAUUGGAGGCGGCCAUGGAGGUGGCUUCGGAGGCGGCGGUGGUGGCGGUGGAGGCCACGGUGGUGGCUUCGGCGGCGGCGGUGGUGGCGGAUUAGGACGUGGAUUAGGUUCCAGCCUUGGAGGCGGGCAUGGAGGCCAUGGAGGAGGAGGUCACAGCGGCGGAGGUUACGGUGGUUCAGGGGCGAGUGCCAGUGCUAGUGCCAGUGCCGGUGCCGGAGGCUAUGGACACAAGGGAUACGGGUGA